AACUAAUUUUUUUCUCUUUGGAAAAUACUUCUCCAAAUCAGCACUCCAUAUAUAAAGAGUAAAGAUUAUAUCAUCUGUUUGUUUAAGCUAAUCCAAAAGUAAAUGAGGAACUUAGGAAAAGAUUGCCAACUUCAAAUCAACACAGUUACACAGAAUUGAAGAAGAAGCAUACAGCUUCAUCUGAAGGGUGCUUUUAUGGGACUCAGAGUUCUGCAAUAUGAGCUCUGAAGCCUUCAAGCAAAAACUGGACUCACUGCCAGAUCAAACAAGUUCAGAAGAACAAAUGGAGAACUGGUCAAAAGAAACACACAUCUUGGAUCAGAAAAAAGAAGACUUUUGUGCUGAACUUCAGUUUGGUAAGAAUUCUCAAAAACCCCGAGAAUUUUUUAUCCAGGCGGAAACUGAAGCACUAAAGCAUUCAGAAUGGCAAGUAACCAGUCAAAGAGGAGGAGUCCUAACUGACUGUAGUUCUGAAGAAACAAGCACUGUACAAAGAAAGGAUAACAGGAUGCUCCCUGAAUUUAUAUCCUCAUGGAAUGAUGCUGAAGAUUUAGGUGGAAAAACAGAAACUGCAUUCCUUUUAAAAGAAUUGGACACUCUGAGGGCCAAAAAUAAAAAGCUUCAAGACAAGCUGGCUGAAAAGGACAAGGAGCUGAAGACAAUGAAACUGGACUUAGAAUUGCAAGACAGAGCUACAGAAGCUAAGAUCGCAGAGAAGAUUGCAGCUCUGGUGCAAGAAGUUUAUUCUGCUCAACGGGAACGUGAUGAGGCUGUCAUGGCAAGGCUUAGGUUAGCCAAUGAAGAGAGAGAUGAAGCAUUUCUACGAGUCCAGCAUUUAGAAGAGUCUCUCAAAGAGCUAGAAAAUAUUAACCCUGAAGAAAAUGACAUGACAUUACAGGAAUUACUGAACAGAAUAAACAAUGCAGACACAGGGAUAGAUAUACUGAAGAAUGGAGCUAUAAUUCUGAACCGAAUACACAGGACCAAAGAACGUAAAAAGAAAAUAAUAGCUGAGGAAAUGAAUGCAGUAAUAGAACAACGGGAUGCUGCUUUAUCUCAAUGCAAACGGCUGGAGCAGGAGCUUCAUCAUCUGAAAGAGCAGAACCAGACUUCAGCAAACAACACGAGACAUAUGACUGCUGAAAACAAUCAAGAACGUGCUCUGAAGGUAGAAUUGAUAGCUUUGCAACAAGAAAAGGAAGCUGCUCUUCAACAGUGCAAAAAACUAGAAGAAGAAAUCCAAACAUUGCGUGUUUAUUACAGGUUAUACAAGUCUUUGUCUGAAGGAAUGAGUCUGAAAAACCAGCCUAACUGUGCUUUCAGUACUUCUGAAGGUGGACUGCAAGGAAGGGAGGAUGCUGUGACCCUAACCUAUGGCCAGAUUGAAGAGCUGGCAGCUCAGCUUCAGCAAACCCGAUCAGAGCAAAAGGACACUGAACUGAAGCUCCAGAAAGCCCUGGAAGCUUCACAGGAGGCCAAUGAAAAAGUUCAAAAGUUGGAAAGGCUGGUGGACGUCCUGAGGAAGAAGGUUGGAGCAGGGACCAUUAGGACCGUGAUCUGA